AUUUCAGAAAUGGAGAUUGGCUUAGCAGUUGGUGGUGUAUUUCUCUCUUCAGCUUUGAAUGUUCUCUUUGAUAGGCUUGCUCCUCAUGGUGAUCUGCUCUAGAUGUUUCAGAAGAAUAAGCAUGAUGAUGGGCUUUUAGAGAAGUUGGAGGACAUUUUGCUUGGCCUUAAGAUUGUGCUAAGUGAUGCAGAGAAUAAGCAGGCAUCAGAUCAACGCAUGAAAAAGUGGUUGAAUAAGCUUCAGAUUGCUGUGGAUGGCUCUGAAAACCUCUUGGAAGAAGUCAAUUAUGAGGCUUCGAGGCUUAAGGUGGAAGGUCAACAUCAAAAUCUUGCAGAAACAAGUAACCUGCAAGUAAGUGACCUCAACCUGAGCUUGAGUGAUGAUUUUUUUCUUAACAUAGAAGAGAAGUUGAAAGCCAUUAAAAAAUUGGAGGAGUUGGAAAAGAAAAUUGUUCGCCUUGGCUUAAAGGAGCAUUUUGUUUCGGGUACCCGAGAAACUAGAACACCAUCAGCUUCUUUGGUUGAUGAAUCUGAUGUCUUUGGUAGGAAGAAUGAAAUAGAGGUAUUGAUUGAAACAUCUAAGGAGGCAAGUGAAAAAAAUCUGACUGUUGUCCCUAUUGUUGGAAUGGGGGGCAUGGGUAAGGCAACACUAGCUAAAGCGGUUUACAAUGAUGAGAAGGUGAAAGGCCAUUUUGGUUUGAAAGCUUGGAUCUGUGUGUCUGAGACAUAUGAUGCAUUCAGAAUAUCAAAAGGGUUACUUCAAGAAAUUGGCUCACUUGACUCAAAGGAUGACAAUAAUCUUAAUCAGAUGCAAGUUAAAUUAAAGGAAAGACUUAACGGAAAAAGGUUUCUCAUUGUUUUGGAUGAUGAGUGGAACGACAACUACAACGAGUGGGAUGAAUUGAGGAAUAUUUUUGUUCAAGGAGGUAUUGGAAGUAAGAUCAUUGUGACGACACGUAAAGCGAGUGUUGCCUUGAUGAUGGGUAGUGGGGAAAUCAAUGUCGGGACUCUGUCUGAUGAAGCAUCUUGGGCUUUAUUCAGACGACAUUCAUUAGAAAACAGGGAUCCUCCGAAGGAAUAUCUAGAACUUGAAGAGGUUGGAAAGCAAAUUGCAGACAAGAGCAAAGGAUUGCCUUUAGCUCUAAAGACACUUGCUGGUUUUUUACGCUCCAAAUCAGAGGUUGAAGGGUGGAGAUGUAUUUUGAGAAGUGAGACAUGGGACCUGUCAAAAAAUGACAUAUUACCAGCGUUGAUGUUGAGCUACAAUGAACUUCCCCCAGAUUUAAAGCCAUGUUUUUCCUAUUGUGCAAUAUUUCCUAAAGAUUAUCCAUUUAGGAAAGAACAAGUUAUUCAUCUGUGGAUUGCUAAUGGUCUUGUAGAACAACGGGGAGAUGAAAGAAUUCAAGAUUUAGGCAACCAAUACUUUAACGAGUUGAGAUCAAGAUCAUUGUUCGAAAGGGUCCCAGAGUCUUUUGAAAGAGACGGAGGGAAAUUCUUAAUGCAUGAUCUUGUCAAUGAUUUGGCCCAAAUUGCAUCGUCAAAACUUUGUGUCAGGUUGGAAGAAUGCCAAGGAUCUCAUAUGUUGGAACAAAGUUGGCAUAUGUCGUAUGCAAUGGGGAAAGGUGGUGACUUAGAGAAAUUGAAUCCGCUCUCUAAGUCAGAGCAGCUGAGGACAUUGCUUCCAAUCAAUAUCCAGGACCUUUACAGCCCUUUUAUAAGCAAGAGGGUGCUGCAUAACAUACUGCCAAAUCUAAUAUCCUUGAGGGCAUUCUCAUUGUCUCAUUACUGGAUUAAGGAGUUGCCAGAUGCUUUGUUUAUCAAAUUAAAGCUCUUGAGAUUUUUGGACCUUUCUUGGACAGAGAUUAUAAAGUUGCCCGAUUCUAUCUGUGCAUUGUUUAACUUGGCGACACUUCUCCUGUCAUCUUGUAGAUAUCUUGAGGAGUUACCUCUGCAGAUGGAAAAGCUAGUCAACUUGCGGCACCUUGACAUAAGCAACACUUUUCACUUGAAGAUGCCGCUACAUCUGAGCAAGUUGAAAAGCCUCCAAGUGCUAGUGGGAGCCAAGUUUCUUCUAGGUGGUUUGAGAAUGGAAGAUUUGGGUCAACUGCAUAACUUGUAUGGAUCUCUAUCAAUUCUGGAGUUGCAAAAUGUGGUUGAUAGAAGGGAAGCUCUGAAGGCAAAGAUGAGGGAAAAGGAACAUGUUGAGAAGUUGUCUUUGAAGUGGAGUGGAAGUAUUGCCGACAAUUCACAAACUGAAAGAGACAUACUUGAUGAGCUACGCCCAUACUCAUAUAUAAAAGGACUCCAAAUCUCCGGAUAUAGAGGGACAUUUCCAAAUUGGCUAGCUGAUCCUUCUUUUCUUAAGCUGCUAGUACAAUUGUCUCUUAGCAACUGCAAGGACUGUUUUUCCUUGCCAGCACUAGGACAACUUCCUUGUUUGAAAAUCCUUUCCAUUAGAGAGAUGCAUCGAAUAACAGAGGUGACGGAAGAAUUCUAUGGUAGUCUGUCCUCCGAAAAGCCUUUUAACUCUCUUGAGAGGCUUGAAUUUGCAAAGAUGCCUGAGUGGAAGCAAUGGCACGUUCUAGGGAACGGAGAGUUUCCUGCUCUUCGGAACCUUUCAAUUGAAAAUUGUCCGAAGUUGAUGGGAAAGCUGCCUGAAAAUCUUUAUUCUCUGACAGAACUGAGAUUUUCAAGAUGUCCUGAACUCAAUUUGGAGACACCCAUCCAACUUUCAAGUCUAAAAUGGUUUGAAGUUGAUGAUUCUCGUAAGGUUGGAGUUAUUUUUGAUGAAGCUGAACUGUUUACCUCCCAACUUGAGUUAAUGAAGCAGAUUGAGAAAUUAUAUAUUAGUGAUUGCAACUCUCUUACCUCCUUGCCUACUAGCACUCUACCGAGUACUUUGAAGCAUAUAACGAUAUGUCGUUGCCAGAAAUUGAAAUUGGAUCUGCAUGAAUGUGAUUCUAUAUUAUCAGCUGAGUCGGUCCCAAGAGCACUCACUUUGUCGAUAUGGAGUUGCCAAAACCUUACUAGGUUUUUGAUUCCUAAUGGGACUGAAAGACUCAAUAUUCGUUGUUGUGAGAAUCUUGAAAUACUUUCGGUGGCAUGUGUGACCCGGAUGACGACAUUGAUUAUUUCGGAAUGCAAAAAGUUGAAGCGGCUGCCAGAAGGUAUGCAAGAACUCCUUCCAUCUCUUGAGGAACUGCGACUGUCUGAUUGUCCAGAAAUAGAGUCCUUUCCUGAUGGAGGAUUGCCCUUCACUUUACAACUCCUUGUGAUAGAAAGUUGCAAGAAAUUGGUGAACGGCCGAAAGGGGUGGUGUCUACAGAGACUCCCCUCUCUCAGAGUGUUGGACAUCUACCACGAUGGCAGUGACGAAGAGAUUGUUGGUGGUGAGAAUUGGGAGUUGCCUUGCUCUAUUCAAAGUCUUACCAUAGACAAUCUGAAAACAUUAAGCAGCCAACUUCUCCAAAGCCUCACCUCUCUUGAAUAUCUAGAUACGCGUAAAUUACCUCAAAUUCAGUCACUGCUGGAACAAGGGCUUCCCUCCUCUCUUUCUAAGCUACAUUUAUAUCUCCAUAAUGAGCUCCAUUCACUACCGACUAAAGGUCUUCGGCACCUCACCUCGCUUCAAAGUCUAGAGAUCAGCAGUUGCCAUCAACUCCAAUCACUUCCUGAAUCAGGGCUUCCCUCCUCUCUUUCUGAGCUGACCAUCAGGGAUUUCCCUAACCUCCAAUCCCUUCCAAUAAAAUGGAUAGCAUCUUCCCUCUCUAAACUAUCUAUUUGCAGCUGCCCAUUGCUCAAACCACUCCUAGAAUUUGACAAGGGGGAGUACUGGCCAGAAAUUGCUCAUAUUCCUGAAAUAUAUAUCGGUGUUACGAUAUUUGACCACGAAUCAGAAUGCCUGUGAUGAUUAAUAAAAAAGAAGCUCCCACAGAUGAGUUGUUCAAUCAAUUUGCGGAAUUAUUUGGAGGGGCAUGAAUUCUCAGAAAAAUAAAAUCUCUAAUGCACUAUGAGAUGGAACAUACAUGAUACAACUAUCUAUUUUGGCUUGCUUGAGAUAUAUGAAGCAUGACUUGCUGCAGAUGGAACAUACAACUCUAAUGGAACCCAAAGGAUUUUGACAAGGCUCAACGAUUAUUUGGGAAGUGAAAAGUUUCGUAGGACUCUCUACUGAAGUAAAGUUGUUGAAUCUUUUAGUAUUCGUUCUUACUUGAGAUGAAGCAUGACUUGCUGCAAAUGGAACAUACAGCUCUAAUGGAACUUAAAGAGGAUUUGGACAAAGCACUCAAAAUUAUAUGGGAAGGGGAAAGUUUUGAAGGUCACUUCUCAAAUUGAGAUGGGAAAUAUGUUGAAGCUUUCAAUGGUAUUUAAUCUUAUGUUGGUUUGAACAUCAAAACUAGGGGAAAGGCAAUGAAGUGUAUCCUUUUCGGAAUGAAUUCAAGUUUAGCUAAAAAAGAGGAUUUACUCAUGUUUCAGUAACCAAAGAUGCUUAUAUUUGUGGUGGUAGUGGUUUAUUUUACUUGCUAGAAAACGUCAUUGAUGAUUAGUAAAUUUACCACUCAUUUACGUUCAAAUUCCUGCACACUAUUUAAUACUAUGAAUGAGACUAUUGUAUAAUUUCCACACCUUGCAUGUCUACAGGUGAAGAGAAGAAAAGAUGUGGAAUUGAGCUUAAAAGGAAGAAAAAAGAGGAGAUGUGCAAAAGUUGGAAAACCCUGCACGGAAAUUGGUCUCAGAAACCGCGAUCACGGUCGAGGGCCGCAAUCGCGGCCAGUGAAGCUUUGUCAAAUGGCGAUCGUGGCUUAGCGGGAUUAUACUCAGGGGCAAUUCUGUAAAUUGGCAUAGCUGAACCCAACUUCCUUAUAAGUCACAAAUCCUUUUCCCCUUUGAUAUUUAUAACUUGGGAAUUGAAAAUUGGAGACUUGGUGAACCCUAGAAAGUAGGGAAACUUUUGUAUUUGAAUUCCGGUUUGAAUUUGGUGAAACUGAAGCAUAAAGUGAAAAUUCUUCUUGUUUUCCAUUGCCAUGGAUGCUUUGAAUGAACCUUUUGGUAUA